AUGGUAAGAACCUCUUCCCCAUGUAUGGUUGGGAUGCAGGAGGCCUGGGUUCUGCUGGGUGAAGCUGAGAAUGUCCUGGCUCACCUGAGACGCAAGAGGGAGAAGGACCAAGCCUCUUUGUCCCAACUCUGUCUCUCUUCACAGCAUGAGUAUGUGGAUGACUUCUGUGAAGAACUCCAAGGUCAACCCCAAGCAGACACACAGGACCAACUCAGUGAGAACCUGCUUGAAGCUGUGGAUGCUGAAGUUCACAACAAUGUACUGCGGGGGUCCCUGAACAGCCUCCCAUCCCUACAGGAGUUCACCCCCGUGCUUGGUGAAGUGCAGUAGGAAUUCCGUUGUAGAAUCCGGAGGCCCUCUGGUACUGACAACCCAGGAGACCCGGAGAGGCCCUCUGGCUCUGACAAUUCAGGGGACCAGAAGCCGGGGAAGAGCUUUCGGGACAGAAAGGUGGCUGCCGGCCUACAGGCCUUGCGCAGUGCGGUUGAGGCCAUCUGGGGAGAGUUGAAGCGUUUCUUCUCCUCUGUGGGGCAGGUCUUCAAGAGCCUCAUCUAG